CGUCCUCAGCUGGCGCGCGAGAAGAUCGAAGGAUGUCACAUCUGCACGUUUGUCACCCCCGGCGAGCCUCAGGUGAUGCUGGGAAAAGACAAGGCCUUCACCUACGACUUUGUCUUCGACAUGGACACUACACAGGACGCCAUCUACGCCAACUGCACAGAGAAGCUGAUUGAAGGAUGCUUCGAAGGCUACAACGCCACCAUCUUUGCUUAUGGACAGACGGGUUCUGGUAAGACCUACACCAUGGGCACAGGUUUUGACGUCAGCAUCGGUGAGGAGGAGCUGGGCAUCAUCCCCCGGGCGGUGGGGCACCUCUUCAGGGGCAUCGAGCAGCGCAAGCAGGCCGCCAUCGAGCAGGGCAAGCCGGUGCCCGAGUUCAAGAUCAACGCCCAGUUCCUAGAGCUGUACAAUGAGGAGGUGCUAGACCUGUUUGACUCCACGCGUGACAUGGAGGCCCGUAAGCAGAAGUCCAACAUCCGCAUCCAUGAGGACGCUACCGGAGGCAUCUACACCGUAGGAGUCACCACACGCAGCGUCACCUCAGAGGCAGAGAUGAUCCAGUGUCUGAAGCUGGGGGCCCUGUCCCGCACCACGGCGAGCACCCAGAUGAACGUGCAGAGUUCCCGAUCCCACGCCAUCUUCACCAUACACCUCUGCCAGGUCCGCGUCUGCACCAACGCAGAAGACAAGGAAGGAGAGACGGACAACCGGCUGGCCAACGGCUCAUCGGAGAUGAACGAGUUCGAGACGCUGACGGCCAAGUUUCACUUUGUGGACUUGGCCGGCUCGGAGAGGCUGAAGCGGACCGGCGCCACGGGAGACCGGGCCAAAGAGGGCAUCUCCAUCAACUGCGGCCUGCUGGCCCUGGGAAAUGUGAUCAGUGCCCUGGGUGACCGCAGCAAGCGUUCAACUCAUGUUCCCUACCGAGACUCCAAGCUCACCAGACUACUGCAGGACUCCCUGGGAGGGAACAGUCAGACGGUGAUGAUAGCCUGCAUCAGCCCCUCUGAUCGGGACUUCAUGGAGACGCUCAACAGUCUGAAGUACGCCAACCGGGCACGCAACAUCAAGAACAAGAUAGUGGUGAACCAGGACCGCGCCAGCCAGCAGAUAUCAGCACUGAGGACCGAGAUCGCACGACUACAGAUGGAACUCAUGGAGUACAAGACGGGUAAGCGUAUGGUAGGAGAGGACGGUCUGGAGAGUGUUAAUGACAUGGUCCAUGAGAACGCCAUGCUGCAGACGGAGAACAGUAACCUGCGCAUGAGAGUCAAGGCCAUGCAGGAGACCAUUGACGCCCAGAGAACCAGACUCACCAACCUGCUCAGCCAACAGGCCAGCCAGGCACUCAGCAAAGUCGGUGAAGGGAGUGAGGAGAUCGGGAACAUGAUCCAGAACUACAUCAAAGAGAUCGAGGAGCUACGAGCUAAACUGCUGGAGAGCGAGGCGAUGAGCGAGAGCCUCCGGCGUAACCUGACGCGCGCCUCCACCCGCACCUCCCUCUACGGGCCACCUGGCACCUCCUCCUCCCCCUUCUCCCCCGCGCUCCUCCCUGAGAAGGAGACCUCGGAGAUCCUGGAGAUCGCCAAGAAGGACCUGCAGAAGCUACGCAAGAAGGAGAAGAAGAAGAAGAAGAGGCUUCAGCAGCUGGAGGAGAGUCACUCAGAAGAGACCGAUCAUGACCACGACAGUGCCCAGACUCCAGACAAUGAGCAGGAGAAAGAGGUCCAUGAACGCACCAGUGAGGAGGCCGAAGGGGAGGCCAGUGAUCAUGAUGAAGGAGAGGAGAACGAGGGAGAGGAGGAGGAGAGCGACAUGGAGGUGGAGGAGAGCUCUGACGAGUCUGACUCAGAACUGGAGGACAAAGGAGAAGAGAACUUCCAGGCGGACUUGGCCAACAUCACGUGUGAGAUCGCCAUCAAGCAGAAGCUGAUCGACGAGCUGGAGAACAGCCAGCGGAGACUCCACACCCUCAAGCAGCAGUACGAACAGAAGCUGAUGAUGCUCCAGCACAAGAUCAGAGACACACAGCUGGAGAGAGACCGCGUACUACACAACAUGGGCUCUGUGGAGACGUGCACGGAGGAGAAGGCCAAGAAGAUCAAGCAGGAGUACGAGAGGAAGCUGAGCACCAUGAACAAGGAGAUGCAGAAGCUGCAGUCGGCCCAGAAGGAGCACGCGCGCCUCCUCAAGAACCAGUCGCAGUACGAGAAGCAGCUCAAGAAACUACAGCUGGAGGUCGGAGAGAUGAAGAAGACCAAGGUGAGCCUGAUGAAACAGAUGAAGGAGCAGCAGGAGAGGAACAGGGCUUCUGAGACGAGACGCAACCGCGAGAUCGCCACGCUCAAGAAGGACCAGCGAAAACAGGAGCAUAUGCUGAAACAGCUGGAGGCUCAGAAGAGACAGCAGGAGCUCAUUCUGAAGAGGAGGACGGAGGAGGUGACGGCGUUGAGGCGGCAGGUGAGGCCGGCCUCAGGUAGGGCGAGCCGGCGCGUGAUCCAGCAAGAGUCCCAGCAGGACGGCGCCCCUCACCGCUCCACCCCAACACACAUCCCCACCACCGCCCGGCCACACACACCCGGGGCCGGCCCCACUAACGGGACCAGGCGUUACCCUGUGCGAGGCAGUGUGUACUCCACCAAGACGGCGCGGGCCAAGUGGCAGUCACUGGAGAGGCGCAUCAUUGACAUCAUCAUGCAGCGCAUGACCAUCUCCAACAUGGAGACCGACAUGAACCGCCUGCUCAAGCAAAGGGAGGAGCUUACGCGUCGCCGUGAGAAGGUGUGGCGCAAGCGCGAGAAGAUGGCCACGGAGGGGGCGGACGGGGACCGCACACUGGGCUCGCUCAGCGAGGAGCAGGAGUCCCUCUCCGCCAACAUAGACUACAUCAACGACAGCAUCGCCGAGUGCCAGGCCAACAUCAUGCAGAUGGAGGAAGCCAAGGAGGAGGGUGAUACUGUGGAUGUGUCUGCAGUCAUCAGCUCGUGCACGCUGUCUGAAGCACGCAUGCUGCUGGACCACCUCCUGUCAAUGGCCAUCAAUAAGGGCCUGCUGGCUGCCCAGAAGGAGUCCCAGAUCAAGGUGAUGGAGGGCCGUCUGAAGCAGACGGAGAUCACCAGCGCCACCCAGAACCAGCUGCUCUUCCACAUGCUCAAGGAGAAGGCCGAGCUCAACCCCGAGCUCGACGCCCUGCUGGGCAACGCCCUACAGGAACUAGGUAACGUGCCGUCAGAAAAUGGAGACGAGAGCAGCAGCGAUGAGUCAGCCCAAAGCCCGGCCACCGAGGGCAGCUCUCUGGCCUCAGACUUAAUGAAGCUUUGUGGAGAAGCCAGGCCCAGGAAUAAGGCACGCCGGAGGACCACUACCCAAAUGGAGUUGCUGUAUGCCGACCCGAGCACCGAUGCGGCCGCGGAGGACUUCACGCCCCCUGUGCUGCCGGUGGCCGACAGCCCAGAGGGAGGUCUCCUCCUGGGGGAGAGGGAGAGUGUCACCUCCCCUAACACACUCACACCCAGGAACAUAUCGGGAGCCAGGUCUCCCACGGCAGUGGAACGCCGGGCUCUGGAACGCUCGCCGUUGGCACGGCGACGGAUGCUGGAGAGGGGGGGGCAGUCGUCAUCGGUAGAGAAAGCCAAGCCGCCCGAGAGCCGAAUGCUAGAUGACUCGGCUGUUUUAGAGUCGCACAGGGGGGUGAUCAACCCGGUGCAGAGUAAGGAGGCUCGCGGGGCCAAGCUGCAGUGUGUGCAUGUGGCGGAGGGCCACACCAAAGCACUGCUGUGUGUCGACUCCACUGAUGACCUGCUAUUCACUGGCUCCAAGGACCGCACAUGUAAGGUGUGGAACCUGGUGACGGGUCAGGAGAUCAUGUCGCUAGGAGACCACCCCAGCAGCGUGGUGUCUGUCAAGUACUCCUCCAGCCUGGUCUUCACCGUCUCCACGGCCUACAUCAAGGUCUGGGACAUACGCGACUCCGCCAAGUGCAUACGCACUCUCACGUCGUCUGGACAGGUUACCCCCGGUGACAGCUGUGCUGCCCUCGGCAACCGAGGCGUCGCCAUCCCACCAGGAGAGAACCAGAUCAAUCAGAUUGGCCUCAACCCCACUGGAUCAUUCCUCUACGCCGCGGCAGGGAACUCAGUACGCAUGUGGGACCUCAGGAGGUUCGUGUCCACUGGUAAACUGACCGGUCACCACGGUCCCGUCAUGUGCCUGACGGUUGACCAGAUGGCCAAUGGCCAAGAUGUGGUCCUCACCGGCUCCAAAGACCACAACAUCAAGAUGUUUGACGUGCUUGAGGGCUCCCAGGGCGGUGUUCCGCCCACCCACAGCUUUGACCCCGCCCACCUGGACGGCAUCGAGUCCUUAUUGGUGCAGGGAGACGUGCUCUACAGUGGAUCGCGAGACCACAGCAUCAAGAAAUGGGACCUGUCCCGUAAACACCUACUAGAGCAAGUGCCUACUGCUCAUGCUGAUUGGCCAUGUGCGUUGGCUCUGGUCCCUGGAUCCUCCUCAUUGGUCAGCGUGUGUAGGGCGGGGCUACUGAAGUUCUGGAGCUCUGAGACGUUGGCACCGCUUGGGGAACUGCGUGGCCACGACAUGCCCAUCAAUGGCAUAUCAACUAACACAGACCACAUCUUCACAGCCUCCGAAGACCGAACGGUGAAGAUCUGGCAAGUGAAGGGCUCUCUGGAAGACGGAAUACACUGACAAUAGUCAAGACAUAUCCCUGGAGAAGGAAGUGUGUGUGUGUGUGUGUGUGUGUGUGUGUGUGUGUGUGU